ACAAGCUGCACAGGACAAAAGUUUUUCUCCCAGGACAUUUUGGGAAAUACUCAGACUCAGCAGCGAGCAACAAGAACAGCAGCAGCAACAGUCAUGAAGUUCCAAGCUCUCUUCUUUCUUCUGCUCCUCACCUGCAUGUACCUGAGUCUGGCACAGGGCUCCUAUGGCAACUGCUGCCUCGGCCAUGUUCGUUGGAUGAAAUCAGGACCAAAGAAAAGCGUUGAAAGUUACAGGAUGCAGGAAACAGAUGGUGAUUGCAACAUGAGAGCCGUUGUGUUUCUGAUGAAGAUGAGGCCUCAACAUAAAAAACAGCGGACUAUCUGCGCUAAUCCAAAUGAAGAUUGGGUCCAGGAUUUGAUGGUGAAUGUGGAUAGGAGAAACCAAAAGCAGAAUUAGACCACUAACAGGACAGAAGCGAGAGAAGAAUGAGAGUGGAGCCGUUUUUGCCUCUCUGUCAGGCAGCAUAUAUCACCUUUAACCAGAUGGAUCAUGUUUCAGCAGAUGUAGUAUUUCCUGUUGCUGACAGAGAUUGUAAAUGUACACAGACUUCAUAUCCUCACUGUUAUAGCCAGUAUAGCAAACUGCAUCUAUAUGAGCCACUGUUAUGAUACUCUUCACUACUCUGUGCUAAGUAGAGCCUGCUAGGAAUGAGCCACAGUUUUUAAUUGCAUUAGCAGAUUGUGUUUGUGUGCAUGUGUAUACGUGUUUGUGUGAUGUAUAUGUAAAAAACACUUUGGGCGUAAGCUGGGGUUUUUUUUUUACAACAGAUUGUCAUAUUUUUAUAUCAUCAUUAUAACUGUAUUUGUGUUUUUCUGUAUCAAAUAAAGGUGCAAGUGCAAAUCAAA